CAUUUUACUAUCAGCACAUCCCGAUCGCUACUGCACUCAGUGGGACGAAAUGUAACAAAACACACGACAACGUUGUACCUGUUUAAAGGAGCCGUUGUGGUGCCACCAACCAAAUCACCUAUUAUUCAAAGUAAAACCUUCAUCGCUUUGAUCUUGAACGGGAAAUAUUUAAAGUGGUUUCAUAAAAAAGGAACUGAGAAAGGAUUUGACAAGUGGAGACUAUACGUUUGUGGCAGCGUUUACUCGGCAAAGAUGUUAACAAGAUGAGAAAAACAAUACCUGUAAAUUAAGACCAGCUGCUCAAGACGUCAAUAGAAGUGGUCCAUCAGACGAGAAUGGCUUGAUUUUGUUUGUGUGAACAAUGAGCAGUUUUUGACAGCAGCACUCAUGCUUCAGGGAAAGAAAAAGAAAGUUUGCUGCGUCUGAUUUUGAUAUUACAUUCUGAGACUCGUUUUGUUGUCUAUAUUGUUAUUAGUCGGCAAGACCACCUGUUUGGUUUGGCAUAUUCACCAUGGCCAAAGUGAUCCAAAAGAAGAAUCACUGGACCACCAAAGUUAACGAGUGCGCGAUUCUCAAAGACGCUUCGGGUGACUUGAAUGUACCAUUGCUGGGCGGUGCAGAGAACGGAGAGUUCGCCUUCAUCGGACAAGUUAACGAGGAUAUCGUUAUUUACAAAAAUGGAAAAUUAACGGAGGGGGAGUUGAUAUUGGAAGUAGAGAACCUAUCGAUCUCUGGAUUGCCUCUGUAUGAUGUACAAACAGUGAUAAAUAAUUGCAAGGGUCCCGUCAGAUUGAAAACAGUCAGACAAGGAACCAAGCUAAAUAAGGACCUGAAGCACUAUCUGAGCCAGCGCUUCCAGAAGUCCUCCCCGGACCACGAACUGCAGCAGACCAUUCGAGACAACCUCUACCGCCAUGCUGUGCCUUGUACAACCCGCCCCCCACGUGACGGAGAGGUCCCUGGAAUAGAUUACAACUUCCUGCCUGUGGAGGACUUUCUGGCUUUGGAGCAGAGUGGGACCCUUCUGGAAAUAGGAGCAUAUGAAGGUAACUAUUAUGGAACACCCAAGCCGCCAAGGCAGCCCCCUAGUGGGAAAGUGAUUACCAGUGAUGCUUUGCAAGACAGCCUCCCGGGCUCCCAGCACUCCACUCCCCGACGCACCAAGUCCUACAAUGAGAUGCAAAAUGCUGGAAUAGUGCCUGUAGACCUGGAGGAGGACGAGGAACUCCCGGAGAUGAACAGUAGUUUAACAGGAGACUCAAGUGAACCUGACGAGCACCCCUACGCCCCGCGUGAGAACGCCCCGUCCUACGGUGUGAACAACACAUUGUCAUCCACCACGGAGGACUCUCAGCAGACACACAUACACCUCAGCCAUCCUCCCACAGAAGAGGACCCCCUGGGACCUCUAACUGACAACUGGGAGAUGGCCUACACAGAGAACGGAGAGCUCUACUUUAUAGACCACAACACAAAAACCACUUCCUGGAUCGACCCACGCUGCCUGGACAAGCCUCCCAAACCUCUGGAAGAAUGUGAAGAUGAUGAAGGGGUACACACAGAAGAGCUGGACAGUGAGCUAGAGCUGCCAACAGGCUGGGAGAAAAUAGAUGACCCAGUCUAUGGUGUUUACUAUGUGGAUCACAUUAACAGGAAGACCCAAUAUGAGAACCCUAUACUGGAGGCUAAGCGGCUGAAGCAGCUCGAGCAACAGCAGCCACCAGAAGGUGAGCGCUACAUCCGAGAAUGGAUAGAGGACGCCACCCUGGCUGGUGCCCCGCUGGCCAGCUAUACCGCCAACCACCAGGAGACCUACAGGGAUCCCCAGGCUGGACCCCCACUGCCGCCCCUCAUCGGGCCCAAACGAGGGAAGCCCUUCUUCACGCGGAACCCAGCAGAGCUAAAGGGAACCUUCAUCAACACCAAACUGAGGAAGAGCCACCGGGGGUUCGGCUUCACCGUUGUCGGGGGCGACGAGCCUGAUGAGUUUCUUCAGAUCAAGAGUCUGGUUCUGGACGGGCCUGCUGCCCUCGACGGCAAGAUGGAGACAGGUGACGUGAUCGUGAGUGUCAAUGACACAUGCGUGCUAGGCUACACCCAUGCCCAGGUGGUGAAGGUCUUCCAGUCCAUCCAUAUUGGCUCCAUGGUCAACCUGGAGCUGUGCCGCGGCUACCCCCUUCCUUUUGACCCAGACGACCCCAACACCAGCAUGGUGACCUCCGUGGCCAUCGUGGACAAGGAGCCCAUCAUCGUCAAUGGCCAGGAUAGCUACGACUCCCCAUCCAGCCACGGCAGCCAUACUGGGGGCCCCGUUAAUGGCAUGAGGGAGUCGAGACCACACAGUCCCUCCUCCGCCGAGGUGGCGUCCAACAGCUCGCACGGUUACCUCAGCGACUCUGUGACGCUGGCGUCAUCCAUAGCGACGCAGCCGGAGCUGAUCACAGUGCACAUGGAGAAGGGAGACAAAGGCUUUGGGUUCACCAUCGCAGACAGCCCUGCAGGGGGAGGACAGAGGGUCAAACAGAUAGUGGACUACCCCCGCUGCAGGGGCCUGAAGGAGGGGGACAUUAUCGUAGAGGUGAACAAGAGGAACGUACAGAGCAUGAGCCACAACCAAGUGGUGGACCUGCUCAGCAAGUGCCCCAAAGGAAGUGAGGUCAGCAUGCUGGUGCAGAGAGGCGGAGGGGUGGUUCCUGCAAAGAAGAGUCCAAGGCUGCAGUUAGCGAGGAAGGACAGUCAGAACAGUUCUGUGUCCAGCCACCGGAGUACCCACACUGACUCCCCUGUGCACACGUCCCUGGCCCCCCCUCUCAGCAAGAGUACCGCCCCCCCACCCCCUUCCCAGCCCCUGCCCGGCCUGCCUCCCCAGGACCCCCAGGCAGACGGGACCAUUCACAGGAAACCAGACCCCUUCAAGAUCUGGGCCCAGUCCAGGAGCAUGUAUGAAAGUAGGCUGCCUGACUUCCAGGAGCAGGACAUCUUCCUGUGGAGAAAGGACACGGGCUACGGGUUCAGGAUCCUGGGAGGGAACGAGCCAGGAGAACCGAUCUACAUAGGGCACAUAGUGAAGUAUGGGGCGGCAGAUGAGGAUGGACGCCUGCGUUCAGGGGAUGAGCUCAUCUGUGUGGACGGCACGGCAGUGAUGGGCAAGUCUCACCAGCUGGUGGUACAGCUGAUGCAGCAGGCCGCCAAGCAGGGUCACGUCAACCUCACUGUGCGACGCAAGACCGGCUACGGAGUGUCUAAAGGGGAGGGCGAGGUGCCCCCGUCCCCAGCCUCGUCACACCACAGCAGCACCCAGGCCCCCUCCUUGACUGAGGGGAAGCGGACCCCCCAGGGCAGUCAGAACUCCCUCAACACGGUCAGCUCUGGCAGCGGCUCCGGCAGCGGCUCCACCAGCGGCAUCGGCAGUGGGGGCGGCGGGGGCUCAGGGAGUGCUGUGGUCAACACCGCCCUGCAGCCCUACGACGUGGAGAUCCACCGCGGGGAGAACGAGGGCUUUGGAUUCGUCAUCGUCUCCUCCGUUUCCCGACCUGAGUCUGGCACCACCUUUGCUGGAAAUGCAUGUGUGGCCAUGCCCCACAAAAUAGGGCGUAUUAUCGAGGGGAGCCCUGCGGACCGCUGUGGGAAGCUGAAGGUGGGAGACCGUAUCCUGGCCGUCAACGGCUGCUCCAUCACCAACAAGUCCCACUCGGACAUCGUCAACCUGAUCAAGGAGGCCGGGAACACCGUCACGCUAAGGAUCAUUCCCGGAGACGACUCCUCUAAUGCAUCACUACUGACCAACGCUGAGAAGAUCGCCACUAUAACAACCACUCACACGCCCCAGCAACAGGCUGCACCUGAACCCAGAAACAACACCAAACCAAAACAGGAGUCCUCUUUUGAGUUCAAAUCCCCUCAGGCCCCUCCUCCCCCCGCCCCAACAACACAACCUCCAGCCCAGGAUGCUGCGUUCUACGCAGUGGACUUGGAGAGGGAGAACAAAGGUUUUGGGUUCAGCCUGCGAGGAGGUCACGAGUACAACAUGGACCUGUAUGUGCUGAGGCUAGCCGAGGACGGAGCGGCCAUACGCAACGGCAACAUGAGUGUGGGAGAUGAGAUCCUGGAGAUCAACGGUGAGAGCACCAAGGGCAUGAAGCAUGCCCGCGCCAUAGAACUGAUAAAAGAUGGUGGCCGUCACGCCCACCUGGUCCUCAAGAGGGGUGACGGCUCAGUGCCUGAAUAUGACCCCAGCAUCGACGGUGCCGGCCCAGCCGCAGGGGUACAAAACGCUUCGGAAGUGAGCACUCUGCCGCCCCACAACAACACACCAUCGGACACCAACACAUCAGACCCUCACAAACCAUCACGGAGCAAGGACAAGAAGGGCCACCACCAUUCCAAACACAGACACCGCUCCCCGGACAAGAAGAGCAAGAGCAAGGGAGGGGAGUCUGGGGAGACAGGGGCCUCCUCCAAUCAGUCCAAGAGAAAGGGCGACAAGAGCAAGAGGUCUGGUGGGGAUAACCACGGCACUCACCAACACCACAACAACAGUAGCGGCCACCGCCACCGGAGACACCGCUCCCCUGAUAAGGGUCGUAGCCGGGCCCGCAGCGCAGAGAAAACCCUGGACAGUAGACAAAGCCAAGGGCACAGAGAGAGGGAAGGCCGCUCUCCUGACCGGCACCACACCCACCGCCAGCGCUCUCCCUACAGGUCCCCUCGGCGCAAUCGGUCACCCUAUGGCCACCGCUCUCCCUAUGGUCACCGGUCACCCUAUGGUCACCGGUCACCCUACCACUCACGCCACCACUCUCCCACCCGCUACCACCGCACCCAAUCAUCAGACCCCUACCGGCAGCCCUCCCCAUACAGACUAAGGGGCCGGGAGCCAGAGAGGCCCAACGGGGGGAUGGCACCAGUGCUUAGGAAGCCACCUGGCCCUGUGCCCAACCCCUAUCGUGAGGAGAGUGUGCUGAGGGUGCCUCCAGCCCUGGACCGGCUCAACAGGGAGGCCACGCUGCUGCGGGAGCCUCCAGCCCUGGACCGGCUCAACAGGGAGGCCAUGCUGCUGAGGGAAUCCAGGGAGGAGCGCCUGUUUGAGGAGGAUAGCCUUCUGCUGAGGGCAUCCACCCUGGAGCGUGAUUACAGAGGAGAUGGCCUGUUAUCUGCUGCUGCCCGUGGCCAGAGAGGAGAGACCAUGCCCAGGGUCCAUACCCCCGAGUCCGACAGCGCUUACAAGCGGUACAGCUCACUGUUGAGGGGCCGCUCGCCUGAGAGGGUGGAGAGAGAGGCACGCUACGCCCCCAGAGAGGAGUCCCCAGACCCCCGCUACAGAGUUCAGAGUCUGGGCCGAAACAUCUCACCUGUCAGGAGCUUCAUAGAGCUGGAGGAGGAGGGAGCAACAGCACCCAGGCUGAAGGAGUCUUACAGCACACUCAAGUCUGACAUCAGCCGUGCUUCCAAAGCGCCCCCGGAGCCCAAGCGGAAGGCUUACAAAGACAGCCCCAAAGAUCUGAGCAUCUGAUGGGACGUCUGCUGUAACACAACCAGUCCCUCCCCCCCUCUCACCGCUCCACGGCACCAUGGUUCCCUCUCACCACUCAGCUCUACUCUUCAUACAACAGAACAUACCUGGACCCUGGAUUAACCUAAAUUAUUGAUUAUAUUACAUUCCUGCGUUCCUACUGGACAGUGAUUCCAAAACCUACAAACUUUUAAUGGCAGAAGUACGAUAUCUUAUUUUUUCGGGGUUGUUUUUUUGUGAUUUGGUACAUUCAUCAGAAUUUUACAGAAAAUGUAAAACCACAAAAAACAAUGAUGUGCCUAACAGUUCCAUUAAUGAGUGUAUUUUUGUUUUGUUUUUGUUUAACAUGAGACGGCCGUUUUCCCAGCCAUCUGUCUGAUGACUGGUAUGUAUUUUUCCACUGAGCCCAAAGAGGCAGGCAGCACACAGUUCCAGUGACUGGUGCUGUGCAUGUCUUUUUUCUUUCUCUCCCCCAGUGCCACUGUUUUUUAGACAUUUGACCAGACUAUAGCACAAGCCUGCAUUUGUUUGUAUAUUUUUGACUGCAGUAUGUGUACAUUGAUGGGAUCAAAAGGAAUGAAGGGAAAUAAAGUUAAACUACGAUGGUAAUGAUGAUCAUGUUAAAAUAAAAAAUAAUAUCUUAAACAUA